AAGCGAACUCGUCUAUUUCUGUUAUCUUCUGCUGGGAAUGUCCAGCGCUUCCACCCUCAGUGCUGUUUGUUUGGAAAAUCCCAAAAUCUGAAAAGUUUCUCAGGAAACAAAUUGCGACAUUCUGAAGACUGUUUCACAUUACAUGGAACUGCAAAUACUUAUUUUCUGCAAAUUUCCACAUGCGUUUCUGACCGUCGCCGAGUGCUGCCGAGGAACAGUGGCGUUACAGAGACAGAAAUUAUUCAAAUGAGCUGAUAAAACUACGCUAAAUGCAGCCGAAGGAGACCAGGAGGUGUUUGAUCCGCAUGACUUGAGGAUUUUAUCCUAUUGGGGUUAAAUGGUUCUGAUAACGGACAGCAGGGAUGGCGGAGGAUCAUCUCCAGGAAAAGUUAAACCACUUAAACAUGCUAAAAGCGCCCAGAUCUGCCCCACUAUCGUGGAGGAAUCACCUGAUCGCUCUGGCGAUAACGAUUAUGAUGAAUAUCUCGGCUCGGUCGAGUUGGACGAGGACUUCGAGGAGUUGGAUGACUUCUCGGACCUGCCGGAUACCAGGAGCAUCGCCUCAGAUGACUCGUUUUAUCCACCGGACGAUGACUUCGCUGACUCGGAGAGAACCCCUUCCCCGGAGAGUCCCGCUCCGCUGUCCUUCUUUCAGGCGUGUUGCAGCAACAACGCGCUCAUAGUGAAACUCAUGAUUAGACAAGGAGUCACGGAGGAGGAUGUACUGGAGACGGACAAAAACAAUAGAACUGGACUAAUAGUGGCAUGCUACCAAGGGUACGUGGAUGUGGUGGUUGCUCUCUCCCAGUGUCCUCACCUGGAUGUGAACUGGCAGGACAAUGAAGGCAAUACAGCCCUCACCACCGCUUCUCAGGCGGGUCACAUCACAAUCACUAACUACCUUCUCAACUACUUUCCCGGGCUUGACAUCGAGAAGAGGAACUGCCAUGGAUUCACCGCUCUGAUGAAAGCUGCUAUACAGGGUCGAGUGGAAUGUGUCAGAGCCCUGAUGCUGGCAGGAGCUGACAUAGAUGCCAGAGACAAUGGGCGGAAGUUCACUGCGCGAGAGUGGGCCGUCUUUACAAGCCGCUAUGACACUGUGUCCGCUAUAACGCGGCUGAUGCAGCAGCCGUGCGCGGAUCAGUUCUGCGACACCUAUCGGUCUGAGUGGCCCCUUCUGCCUGCGCUGGUGGCCAAAGCUCAGGCGCCGAAAGGCUGCAUUCAGAAAAUUUCAGAGACACUACGUGACUUCUUUGACAUCAGUAACGUCAGCGAGGCUUCGGAAGACGGGGUCCUGGAUCACAUGGUGCGUAUGACAACAUCCCUGGGGAGCCCGUUCAUCGCAACGGCAUGUCGAACGGUGUGUCCCGGCAGCCCGCCCUGUGUGGGAAAACGCCGGUACUCUGUUCAGGAGAUACUAAGAAAACAACGCAUCGAGCAGCUGAAAAGUAUGGGACCCGAGCGCCUCGAGAACUACAAACGCCUCUUCCAGAACUCCCGCGUCCAGCUGGUGGUCAAAUCGAAAGAUCGUCGUGCGAGCCUGCAACCCCAGGCCCAAUCAGACGGCUCCUCCUCGUCCCCCCCAGGCAUCCGCAGGGCCAGUCUGCUCCCCUUACACCUGCUGAGGAGGAGCAGCGUUAGGCCAGGGAUGGUGGUGCCCAAGCUGAGGAUUACCAAGGCACCUACGUCAACCUACGUGCCGGAGAAAGUGCGACGGAAAAGCAGCUGUAUAGAAGAGCAGUUCCUCCAGAUCCCGAAGUGGAGAUACAAAGAACUGAAAGAGGAGCGAAAGAAAGCAGAGGAGGCGGAAAGGAAAAGACUGGAGGCCAUAACUAAGAGACGACUCACUACAGGCAAAAGGAAAUAAGUGUGUGCAAACACACUGCUCAGCGUUUUAAACUUGAAAUGCAAUUUUGAUGAUGGAUUCAAAUUUAUUUGACCAUUUAUUGUUCUAAUUUUUAUAAACUUAAUUGCUUCUCAACUCUUUUAACCUCUUUAAAAUAGGGUACAUUGAAGGAUUUACUGUAGGACAGCUCCUCUAAUCCCAUUUCAUGUGUUCGGAGCUUCAGGAAAACAGCUCCAGAUCAGUUUAUGUGGGUACACUACUAAAACCAGAUGCUACUUUAUGUUUACAUUCUUAAAAUAGGGUUCUUUGGGUUUUUAGAGUAUCCGAAUGCUAGCAUUGUCUCAGAUUUAACAGUAGCAUUGUGAAUGUAUUUAACAGACAUACUUUGUCUUUACCUCAUUUGUGAACUAACAUUGUAGAUAUCGAUGGUAUUUCAACCGCAGAUCUGUCUGAAUUUGCACACCUUUCAGGGACAAAUGCUACAGACAAUCACCAGCAAUUAAUGCACGGCAGAAAAAGAGGUAGUGAUAUAAUGGAUUUGUUCUGUACAUGUAUUUUAAUAAUUAUUUAUACUACUAAAGCACUCUAAGUUCAUUACUCUUUUACCAAAUGGUAUUUGCAACUAUAUGGGGAGAGUGGGGUAAGAUGUGUCUUGCACAGUAAAUUAUUGAUCAAGGGCCCAACAUACACUGCUGCCUGUGAUGGAGAAGUACAUUUAAAAAAAAAAAGCUAAACAUUUCUUUGCAUGUCAAAGUAAAUAAGUAUAUAUGAAAGCAAACACAAAUGUUUACAGGUUGAUAUAUCUAACAGUAUAUAUAUACUGUUCAAAGUUUGAGAUGAAUGGGACUUGUUUUGAAGAAAUUAAUAAUUUCACAUAGCAAGGACACAUUCAAUCAAUCAAAAGUGACUGAAGAAUUUUAUAAUGUUACAAAAGAUUUCUAUUUACAAUACAUUAUGUUCUUUUUAACUUUUUAUUAAUAAAAAAAUAUAUAUAUUCUAAAAUAUAAUUAUAUUUCAUAGUAUUACAUUUUUGAUUAAAUAAAUUGCAGCAUUGUUGAGCAUAAUUAUCAUUCAUCAAAUAAUUCUAAAAACAUUUUGUAUCAAGGUUUCAACAUUGAUAAUAAUAAAUAAAUGACAGUAUUACUUUAUACAUUUCUAUUAAAUAAAAGCAGCCUUGUUGAGCAUAAUAUAAUUCUUUAAAAACAUUUUUAAAAUCUUACAACUCAAAAUUUUGUAAGUAUUGAAUAUAGGUGAAUUACUUGUGUUAAAAAAAACAUUAUUUAGCAUAAAAAUUAGCCAUGAAUUAUUAAACCAUUUUCCAAAAACAAGCUGUGGAACCAGGGGUUCUCUUAAUAUUGAAAAUGAACUUUGCCUUCAAAUAUAGGAAAUAUUGUUACUAAUAAUAUAAAUACUAAAAAUUAUUAUCAAAUACUCUUAAUAUUUAACCUUAUGCUAGAUAUUGGGAAUAUUUAUUUCCCAAUUUCUUUUUGCAGGAGGUAUCUUAAGUAAAAAGUGGCACAGCUUAUCCCACUCUCCUAUAUGAUUUAUUUCAGAGCUGGAAACAGUCCAUCCAAUUUCAAACAUAUCACAACAAAUCUCAGGUAUGAAUGCUUCUGUAUGCAGAAAAGUACAAUGUUUAAUUAAACAUAGUGUAGUGUUAUCUGUUUGAAAUAUCCUCUCACUGAGCGUCCCAUCAUCUCAACAGCACCACUGUGCCUCGGACUACACAAAACACACACCACACAGCUGACUUCACAAAGACUAUCUUAAAAUAACACUGUUUACACUACUCUAGGUUGUAACCCAAAAGUAAUGACCAUCAAUGCUUGAAAGAAGGAUCUCAUUGUAUCUUUUGAAUAAAAACGACUUUAUAAAUCCAA